AUGAACAACCUCAACUUACCCAUCCGUACUUCGCCCACGAGUGAGCGCAACCAGCAGAGCAGAAACUAUUUCACCAGCUAUGCCCUGCCCUCAUCCACUGAGGCCAUCAAUGGGCCUGUCAGGGAGCCAAUCAGAGACUUCGCGCCAAUAGCCGACAGAUUAAUCGUUGGCGUCGACUUUGGGACAACCUUCUCGGGUGUCGCUGCCGUCUAUACGUCUAAUCCGGACGAUGUCGAGAUCAUCAAGACCUGGCCCGGGGGUAAUGGCAUAACCUCGGACAAAGUGCCCACAGAGAUAUCUUAUGAUCUGCCCCAAGAUGCGCCUGCCGAUACCAAGCCAACCGUGAAAUGGGGCUUCCAGUUUAAGCCGGAGGAGUCGCGUCUGCGGUGUAUCAAACUGUUCUUAGACCGGUCACAAAAGUUGCCGUUCUAUGUGAGCCCACUCGAGACGGCGGGCCAGCUUAAGAAAUACAACAAAACAGUCGUCGAUGCCGUCAGCGACUAUCUGACUCAGAUAUACAACCACACCAUGGACACGCUCACGCGACGGUAUGGCGAGUCGUUUAUGGCGUCUACUAAGGUCGAUUUCGUGCUUACAUGUCCCGCGGUGUGGUCUGAUUACGCGAAAAACACAACCCUCCAGGCAGCCGAGCGAGCAGGCAUGGGCGCAAAAUCGUCCAUUCAGAUGAUCAGCGAGCCAGAGGCGGCUGCGGUCUAUACGCUCAAGGCCAUACAACCGAACCACCUUAACGUUGGAGAUAACUUUAUAGUAUGCGAUGGUGGUGGAGGUACGGUUGACCUGAUCGCCUACAAAAUAAUUUCCUUGAAACCACUUAAAGUGGAAGAGUCGGCCGUAGGGACAGGUGGGCUCUGCGGUAGCGCGUUUCUCAAUUAUCGAUUCGAGGAACAUGUCAAGACACGGCUUGGGAAGACCCGAUUCGACGAGAUGAAGGCCAAGAAGGGCAAGACCUGGCAGAUGGGGUUGAGGUACUUUGAGGAGUUUGUCAAGCGGAAUUUCAACGAGGACGAGCACCAGGAGAUCAAUAUCCCCUUUCCCGGGCUUGCGGACGACGAAGAAAUCGGCCUCGACUCGGGAUUCCUCGUCAUGACUGCCGCCCAAGCCAAGGACAUCUUCGAGCCCGUCGUCAAGGAAGUCUGCGAUCUCGUGCAGGGCCAGGUCGACGGCCUCCGCGCAAAAGGCGGCAUCGUGUCCGGUAUCAUACUGGUUGGUGGCUUCGGCCAGAGCGACUACUUAUAUCGACGCCUCAAAUCGCAUUUUACCAGUGCGGCACCUCCACCGUACAGCGAGAGGCCGACGCAUGCGAGUGCUCUGAGCAGCGCCGGCGACAACUCUUCUAUUGAGGUCAUGCAGCCGGUGUAUGCCUGGACGGCAGUUGUCCGUGGCGCAGUGCUCAGAGGGCUGGAGGGGAACAUGGUUAUCUCGAGAAAGGCGAGAAUGCACUAUGGCACGAGUUAUGCGACCGUGUUCGACGAGGACAAGCACUCAGUCAGUGAGAGGUAUUGGAGCCCACUGUGGGAGAGGUGGAUGGGUGAGGCCAUAUCGCCACUCACACCAAUCGCAUUCCACUACACGAGGAACUUUAGACCAGGGCAAUCUCUGGUGGUCACGGAUGAUUUAAUUGCUUGCGAGGCCGACGAGCCUCCAGCGGCAUACACGCGGGAUCUGGUACAUGUGUGCAAGCUCACUACGGACUUGAAUGCAGUGCCCCGAAGCCUAUUCACCCGCUUGACUACGACGAGGGGGGUCGAGUUUGACAAUCUAGACUUCACCCUCGAGAUGAUUGUUGAUAGUGCAGGCUUAGGCUUCGAACUCAAGGUUGACGGGGUCAGGUACGGUCGCGUGGACGCAGAUUUCCAGUAA